AUGAACAACAAAUCAUUGGAGCAAUCAGACUCAUCUCCACAAAGAGAACAACUCUCACCCCAAAGGGAACAAAGUCAAACAGUGGCUGAGGAGUCUGAAAUGCAUCCAAUCACCAAGAAGAAACAUUUCAGAUCAAAGAAGUCCAAUGACAAAGAAGAACGAAGUCAUUCAAAAUCCUACAAGAAACUGAAGAAGGAAAUAAAAGAAGUUCGUAAGGAUUUAUCCACACUGACUUCUAUAGUCUGUAGGAUGGAUGACACAAUCACAAAGCAGUCAUUGGAGCUGUAUGAAAUGAAGCAGAUGCUGGAGAGAUUGGUCCAGAAUCAAACUGAAAAUCAAGGGAAUGAUCAUACUGAUCAGAAUGACAAUGAGUAUGUUGUUCAAGAACAACAUACUCAACAACAACCUACUGAAGAACAACAUACUGAACGUCAAGAGGAAACCCAAAGGGAACAUGAAGAGGAACGUGGUAGUGAUAUAAGCAUAGACGGUAGGGAUGCAGACUUGCUAAUGACUAUAAGAGAUAUAUCGGAUAGUCUAAGUCAUCAAAUUCAGAAAGAAUCAGACCUGCCACAGAUGAUUACUACCCUUCCAUAUGUGAGCCAACCUCUUGCACUUUGUGAAUUGGCUCCAAUGGAUCAAACUGUACAAAUUGUAAAUGAAGAAUCUCAACUGGAAACAACAAAAAAACAGGUUGAGAUGAAAAAAAAUGAUGAAGCAGUUACUUUGGUUGAAAAAGAACCAGUAACUGUGCCUGAUAAAGAUGUGGAAGAAAAACCAAUAAAGAGAAGAAAGCUAUGUAAAAUAGCAAAUAAAGAGGUGCAACAUGAAGAUGAACAAGGUAAUCCACCCACAACAUCUGCUCAGAUCAUAUCAGUAUCUACAACACCUGUCCCAGAUGUGGAAAUCAGAGAAGUAGAUCCAUAUAAUCCGAUGUGGAAAGUGGAUCCAAAAUUAUGGAAGGAAUACUUGCAAUGGAAAAAAUCAAGAAAAACAACCCAUGAAGAAAGGAAAGUAGUCUCCACAACCAGAAAGAAAGACUUUUUCAGACAGCUUGAAGAAAACACAUGGGUACAUGGAGACACAUUGGAUCUGCUAUUCGCCCACUUGCAGAAUAAAAUGUUGCAUCUCAAGCACCAUUGCAAGCGUUCUUUUAGAAUAUUACAUUCCUCUUUUCUGACUGGAAUCAAUAAACCAGACUGCAUUGUUUGGAACCACAUUUUUGAUACUCAUCUGGUGACACCAGAUAAUAAGAAAGCUGAAUGGACAGACCCAACAGCACACCUAAGUAUAUGGACAGAAAAAGAUGUCGAAUACUAUUUCAACACUGCUGUUGGUGAUUACAACGACAUACCAGGGUGGGGAGAUGUCAACUACGUGAUUACCUGCAUCAACAUAAAAGAACACUGGUUGGCUAUUGCAGCUGAUAUGAGAAAAUGCAGGAUCUACGUGUUCGACUCAAUGCCAAAUUAUGUUGAGCAGAAACUUGUUGAUGAAGCUCUUCAAAUGCCUGCACGAUGCAUUGCCUCACUCGCGAUUGCAAUUGGAGUCAACCUCCAUUCAGAUCGUUUCACAUAUGGCCCUUGGCCAAUACGCAGAUCGAAGGCCACAUUACAGAAAGGGCGUUCAUUGGAUUGUGGAAUUUUCUGUACCAAAUUUGUUGAAUGCCUUGUAACUGCUAGUGACCUUGGUUGUCUAACUGUGCCAAACAUGAAACUGUUUAGACAACAAUAUGUGCUGGAACUUUGGGCCAAUAAAUACUUUUGUUAAUAUUUGUAUUCGUUUAUAUAAUUUUUUUAUGUAAUUUUUAUAGAGAGAAUAA